CUCACCUAUUAAAUUUCCAAGGCAACAAUAAAACCACAUGUGUAUUUUUCUUCUUCUCACCUACUCUUCCACACAACUACACAACAAACUCUCUCAAUGUCAUUAAUACAUAUUUAUUAUAAAGUGUUGUUAAAAUUUUCUUCUAUGCAAGCUAUCUACAAUGGAGUCAACAUUAUUUGAUCAUACAAAAAGUGGGAGAUUGUUAGCGUUUAUGAUCGUGAUAAUAACGAUUAUUAGUUAUGUUAAUGCAAACCCUAAAGUUUCUUGCUUUUUCAUAUUUGGAGAUUCUUUGGCUGAUAAUGGCAAUAACAAUAAUCUCAACACUUUGGCUAAAGUCAAUUAUAAGCCUUAUGGGAUUGACUUCAUUGAUUCUCAACCAACAGGAAGAUUCACCAAUGGAAGAACCACUGUUGAUAUUAUUGGUGAGUUUUUGGGUUUUGAGAAGUUAAUUCCAGCCUUUGCUAGUCUUGAUAAUAAUAGCUUCAAUCUAUUGAGUGGUGCUAAUUAUGCAUCUGGGGGAGCUGGGAUUCUCAGGCAAACAGGAACACAUAUGGGUGAAAAUAUUUGCUUGAAGAAACAAAUAAAGCAUCACCAAAUUAUGGUAUCAAGAAUAAGUGACAAAUUAGGGAGCAAAAAAUUAGCACAAGAGCUAUUAAACAAGUGCUUAUAUUGGGUUGAAAUUGGAAAUAAUGAUUACAUUAACAACUACUUCAUGCCUUGGAUUUAUUCUUCUGGAAAUCUUUAUACACCUCAACAAUUUGCUCUUAUUCUCAUCCACAAAUAUCGACUUCAUAUCUUGGAAUUGUACAAUUUGGGGGCAAGAAUGAUCACUUUAGUUGGAUUGGGACAAAUCGGAUGCACUCCGAAUGCAAUUCAAAUAUAUGGGACGAACAACGAUUCUUCUUCAUGUAUAAGUUACAUGAAUGACGCUGUUCAAUUAUUCAAUAAUAAACUUACAACGCUCGUAGAUGAACUUAACAGUGAUUUUACCGAUGCAAAAUUUAUUUACGUCAAUUCUUAUGAGAUAGGAUUGUCUGAAGAUCUCAUCGCUCUUGGGUUUAAGGUUUUGAAUGUUGGUUGUUGUGGUGGAGAUGAGAAUGGACAAUGUAAGCCUUUGGAGAUUCCAUGUGAGAAUAGAAGAGAUUAUGUGUUUUGGGAUUCAUUUCAUCCAACUGAGGCUUACAACUUAAUCACUGCAACUAAAAUAUAUCAAGCUUAUUAUAACAUAUCAUAUAUAGUUACCCAAUAAAUAUUAGUGAUGUUGUUCAUUUAUAUAUUUAGUUAAACCAAUUAUAUAUUGUCAUA